CUAUUACAAUUGCAUAGCUACCCCUCUUCAUAAGGCUGGUAUAGUGUCUGAAGAAGAGAGUAGCCAUGGUUCGAGAGCAACUUCAGGUGCUUAGUGUUCUUGAUUCAGCCAAGACACAAAUGUACCAUUUCACGGCCAUCGUGAUCGCGGGAAUGGGUUUCUUCACGGACGCCUAUGAUCUUUUCGCGAUAUCCCUUGUCACGAGAUUGCUUGGCCGUAUUUACUACCACAAAGAUGGACCCAAGCCUGGAACACUACCGCCCGGUGUGGCUUCAUCAGUUACCGGUGUCGCCCUUGUCGGAACUCUAUGCGGUCAACUCUUCUUCGGGUGGCUCGGUGACAAGAUGGGCCGAAAGAGAGUGUAUGGUAUGACUUUGGCACUCAUGGUUAUAUGCUCCUUUGCCUCUGGCCUCUCUUUUGGGAAUGAAGCCAAAGGUGUCAUGGCCACCCUUUGUUUCUUUAGGUUUUGGCUAGGGUUUGGGAUUGGUGGUGAUUAUCCGCUCUCGGCUACUAUUAUGUCGGAAUACGCUAAUAAGAAAACACGUGGUGCGUUUAUCGCUGCGGUUUUCGCUAUGCAAGGGUUUGGUAUCUUGGCUAGUGGGAUUGUAGCAUUAAUCGUGUCGGCUUGUUUUGACAGCGCGUUUAAUGCUCCUUCCUAUGCAACGGACAAAUUAGGGUCCACAGUCCCACAGGCGGACUACAUCUGGCGUAUUAUACUUAUGUUCGGUGCUAUCCCGGCGGCCCUGACUUACUACUGGCGUAUGAAAAUGCCAGAAACUGCACGUUACACCGCUUUAGUGGCCAAAAACGCUAAGCAAGCGGCUGCUGACAUGGCUCGGGUUUUACAAGUUGAGAUCGACGCCGAAGAGCAGAAGGUGGAGAAAAUUGCUCAAGAUACUUCAAACUCAUUCGGAUUGUUUUCGAAAGAAUUCGCCCGUCGCCACGGGCUCCACUUGCUCGGAACCACUUCCACUUGGUUUUUACUCGACAUUGCUUUCUACUCACAAAACCUCUUCCAAAAAGACGUGUUAAGCGGUAUCGGGUGGAUCCCUCCAGCGGCCACAAUGAGCGCCAUCGGUGAGGUUUACAAGGUGGCAAAAGCUCAAACACUUAUCGCGCUUUGCAGUACUGUCCCCGGCUACUGGUUCACCGUUUUGUUCAUUGAUAUCAUCGGUCGUUUCACCAUCCAACUCUUCGGAUUCUUCUUCAUGACGGUCUUCAUGUUCGCUCUCGCCAUUCCAUACCACCACUGGACCUUGCACGACAACCGUAUCGGCUUCGUGGUCAUGUACUCUCUAACAUUCUUUUUCGCCAACUUCGGCCCUAACGCGACCACUUUCGUGGUCCCAGCCGAGAUAUUCCCGGCCAGACUCCGCUCCACCUGCCACGGUAUUUCCGCGGCAGCUGGAAAAGCAGGCGCCAUCGUUGGCGCCUACGGGUUUCUCUACGCUGCCCAGAGUAGAGACCCUAAAAAGACUGACGCAGGCUACCCGGCCGGUAUCGGAAUCAGGUACUCUCUCAUCGUUCUCGGUGUGAUCAACCUGUUGGGAAUGGCGUUCACGUUUUUGGUCCCGGAACCUAAGGGUAAAUCGCUAGAAGAAUUGUCUCGUGAGAAUGAAGAAGAGAUUGCGCCUACUUCCAACACAAGUAACCGAACAGUUCCUGUUUGAUUUACAAGAAUUGUGGGAUUCUACCAAGUGUUAAUUUGUGUUCUUUUAAUUAACUGUACAUAUGUUUGCUUUGUGAAUCUUGUAAAGAUUCAAAAAGUGCAUCUAUAUGUACAGUUUUGUUGUAUGUUGUUUAUUUCUGUGUGCAAGCAAUUAUUUGUUCUUUUUGUGGUUCACCUAUUGUAUUAUAAGGUUGCAACAGUUUCAUAAAGUAUGUUUGUAAGUUGUAACAUCUUUGUUUUAUAUAAAUAAUAUGAAAAUUGUAACUUUUGAAAUAAAAAA